UACUCAAUAUAAAUGGCUAGUCCUUCAGCUAGUGACACACCUGACGACAAGGAGGGGCUGGGAGGAGACUCUAGGUUUGAAUGUAACAUCUGCUUCGAGCAAGCCAGCGAUGCUGUGGUCAGUAUGUGUGGCCAUCUGUUCUGCUGGCCGUGUAUCCAUCGGUGGAUUGAUUCUCGUCCGAACAAUGCUACGUGCCCAGUGUGCAAGUCAGUAAUAGACAGAGAGAAGGUGAUCCCCCUCUAUGGUAGGGGGGCUAAAGAACAGACUGAUCCCCGAGAUAAAGUGCCCCCCAGACCCCAGGGGCAGAGGGAGGAACCACAACACCCACAACACCAGGUUAUGGGCGGCUGGGAUGGUAUUCAAGUGUCAUUUGGAAUAGGAGCCAUCCCCUUCACCAUGAUGGGAGGGCCAAUAUUUCAAAUGUUCAACUUCGGAAACGAUGUACGAAGACCUGGAAGGCAAGUGAAUCCAAUACAACAGGCGAAUGAACAGAAACUGGCUAGGAUCUUUCUAAUUGUAGCCAUUUUGGUACUUAUUCUUAUCAUGUUCUCAUGAUCAUAAAUUAAAUUUUUGUGUGUCUGUCGAUAGCAAUCACAAAACUCAUCAUGCAUAGUAUGUCAGUUAGAUUGUGUGUGUAAUGAUUUUAUUAUAAUUUAUGUUCAUGCACUUCAUUAUUAUCUCUAGACCUGCAUAUGCGCUCUUUGUAAUGCACUGAUCGACAGUUGUGUAUUGCAGUACGUUAUUUUUUAUUCUGAACAAUACAAUUAAA